UCACAUUCGAGUUUUGUACACAGCGGUGAACGGACGAGUUUUCCGAGGCCAUAUUAUACAAACAAAGUCAGUGCCUUACGUGAAUAAAAUCAUAUAUAUGCCUAUACCUCAACUUAAAUAAAAGCAUCAUAUAAAACAAUUUCUAAAGUGCUUAAAAAGAUAUUCAACUAAAUUUCUAUAAACAAUGCUUAAGUGGGCAGUUAACACACCGCGACUCUCCUAUCUUACAGUGGAGGAUUCAAAAGCAAAUACCGAAAAUUUGCAGCUCAAACCUUUAAGCGCCUUAUCCCCAGAGAAGCUCAACACUCCUAAUGAAAUGAUUUCCACCCAAACACAAACGCUCUCCGUCAAACGGCAUAGGCUAAAACGGAAAUCUUCUAAUAUUUACCUUUCACGUCGUUUACAAAACUGGUUGGAUAAGGAAAAUCAAGUGACAUCUACUCCACUUCACUCAAGCUCAAAGAUAUAUAACAAAAGCGGUCCUGUACGUCGACUUAACAGUUUCAAAGACUUAUCCAACAUCAUACCUUAUGAGAAUGCUGUCUCCAGCAAUCCCCCAAACCCAAUCUUAUCACAGUUUAACGCACCAAGUCAGAGUUUAGAUAAUGAUAUAUUAACAAAGCACAAUCCUGUCAACUAUGCUACUACACUGCCUACUCUCGAAGUAGAAUACUCGCCAUGCGGCCUAGUUCCCGGACCGAUUCUGGCAUUGCGCGGUUUGGGUAUUGCUGAUAGAUACUUUGACCACCCUCGAUAUCUGCCACAUAAUAAGAGCGAUGAAACUAUAGUACAAACAAAACCAACCAUUAAUAUAACUAAUUCUACGUUUCAAAGUCAAAGGCAUACACGACGAUCUUUGAACAGCAUACGCGAUGAUACUGCAUCAUUGAGCUCUUCCAAAAUGGGUGAUCAAACUCUGGAACGUAUGAUAGACGCGAUACUGGAGAGCACAAGAAAGGAAAAGAAGCCUAUGAAGUUUGCCAGGCAAUCAAAUAACCAGCAGUGCAUGGUAAUGUCACCCACAUAUACACCUGCAGAAGAUCCCGCCAACGAUUUAAGUGAAUUUUGGAUUGAGACACAAAAUGAAGAGCCGCUUUUACAAACAAUGCCAAAAAAGCGACGUCCUCUACCAGCUAGUGUUACUUCUAUAUGCAACGAGCGAGAGGUUCGGUCUCCACAUCGGACAAGCAACCGUAAACGUAAUAUUUUCCACUUGCACCGACAGCGAGCAGUGCGUAGAAAACGGAAAACGCCUAAGGAGAGCGUUAAACAAUAUACACAUAAAAUAGGUGAGCCAACAUCGACAAACAAAGAACUAACAGAAUCGGGCGAGCAUAAUUGUAAACGAAUUGAUAAUUCAAGCCCUGAUAGUGGUCACAAUUCCUUCAGUGAAUUGGAUGACAACUCCAUCAUGCUAGAGAGUAAUUCCUUAGCGAUCGUCAGCCCGCUCGAGAACUCUGACCUGCGUGCUUUAGAUUCUACAAAACGGCGCCUUAGCUUUUCAAAUCAGACGUCAAUCGUAUAGUAUACGUAUGCAUAACAAUACAUUCAUACGUUUUAAGGAUUCCCGUUAUAAUUUGUUGCAUCUUCUGUUUAUUUCUCGAUAUCACUUUUUUUAACAAUUUAUUGUCGAA